AAUUUUCGUCACGUUCUGGCCUGAGUCGUCGUUCCAAGUCCUCGCUGCUCUUCUCUCUCUCUUUCUUUCUCUCUCUCUCUCUCUCUUCUAUUGCUUACCUAACUCAGUCUCAGAAAGGAAGACUUGAGAACCAAAUUAAGUUUUCUAGAAGGCCUGGAUUUGCGGAGAAACAUCGAAAACGGAAGAAAAACGAUCUCUGUUCACCGAUUCUCAUAGAUUUGAUGGAAGGAGGGCAGACCGGUGGUGGUGCUCCUGGUGGUGGCGGCGGCAGUGGAGGUCCAGCUCCUUUCCUUCUGAAGACCUAUGACAUGAUCGAUGACUCGUCGACCGAUAAAAUCGUGUCAUGGAGCGAUAACAAGAACAGCUUCGUUGUCUGGAACCCACCCGAAUUCGCUGCUCGUCUUCUCCCCACCUAUUUCAAGCACAACAAUUUCUCUAGCUUCAUCAGGCAGCUCAACACUUACGGAUUCCGGAAGAUUGACCCGGAGAAAUGGGAGUUUGCCAAUGAAGAUUUCGUGAAGGAUCAGAAGCAUCUUCUUAAGAACAUAUACCGCAGGAAGCCUAUUCAUAGCCACAGUCAUCCUCAAGGUUCUGGAGGGGAUGCGGAAAGAGCGGCUCUUGAGGAAGAGAUUGAGAAGCUUUCUCGGGAGAAGACUACUCUUCAGGGCACUCUUUGGAGAUUCAGACAGCAGCAAUCUGGGACGAAGGUUCAGUUGGAAGAUUUGGACAGAAGGGUGGAGGGUAUGGAACAGAGACAAAUGAGGAUGAUGACCUUCUUAGCAAAGGCUAUGGAGAAUCCAAUUUUUGUGGAGCAUCUUGUUCGAAUGGCUGGAUCCUCCAUGGACUUGUCUGCGAUAAAUAAGAGGAGAAGGUUACCUAAUCUUGAUUGCUGCCAAGAAGUUCUGGAUAAUAGCCUUGCUGACAACCAUAAUAGUCCCAAACCUGAUAUCGGGCAUAUUUUCCACCAAGAUUUCUCUAGUAAGUUGAACCUUGAGCUGUCACCAGCUGUUUCAGAUAGUAACUUGGUUUAUCCAAGUGCACAGAGCUCCAAUGAAGACGGGGGGAGUCCACAGAGGAGAGCUUCAGAGGGAGAUGUAAGGGAUGCACAUGUCAUGAUGGAGGGUCUUUCAUUUACUCCUGAAACGUUUGACCUUUCGGACACUGGGACAUCUUUUGCAUUGAAAAAGGAUGCAACUUUGUCAAGACAAGUUAGAGAAAAUGAUACCUCAAGGCUGCAUAGCUUGCCACAUGGUUUGACUUCUACUGAAGAAGGUGAUGGUCACAUCUCCUGCCAUUUAAAUCUAACACUUGCUUCUUUUGCAUUGCAAGUGGAGAAUAGUCAUUAUUCCUCUAGAAUUUCCCAGUUAGGUCCUGAAAGUGGUACUUCCACAGAGUUGAGGUCUAGUGCCAAUGGUAAUGAAGCUGAUCUUAGAGUUGCUUCUAAAAACAGAAGUACCAGUAAUGAUGAUGCACCCAAGCCUUCUUCUAAUGAUGCUCCAACUAAUAAUAAAGGGCCUUCGGCUCCUCAGGGCCGUGUGAAUGAUGUAUUCUGGGAACAGUUUCUAACUGAAAGGCCAGGCUCUUCUGAUACUGAGGAAGCAAGUUCGAGUCUUAGAGCAAACCCAUAUGAUGAUCAGGAAGAGAAAAUGUCUGGGCAUGGAAAGUCAUGGAGAAACAGAAAAGAUAUGGAACAGCUCACUCUCUGAACACUCUCGUGGGGUUGAAAGCCAGUGACUGGGUUCAUAAAUUACUCCUCAGAUUGUGCCACCAUGUAAGAUUUCAUCUAACAUGCUAUCUAGUACUGGGGAAUUAUGUGAUCCUGAGUCAUGUACAGUUUGACAAUGUGGAAAUUUGUCAUUAUAUGUGAGUUGUUGGAGGGGAAAAAAUCCAAAGUCCAGAACUGAAGUAGCGUCAGUACAUACUGUAAACAAAGACCGAUUCAUUUGUGUUUCAGAAACAGUGUUCAAAUAAUUAGGUUUCCUUGUAUAUGACUCACAUGUUCAUGUAAUUCCUCCCCUUCACACCUUGAAAUUAAUUUGUGCACUCAAAUUUCCUUUGUUGC